UUAAUGAAAAGAAAUUAGCAGCAUUAAAAAUAUCUUCUUAAUAUUGGCAUUCUGAAAACUCAAUGCUCCAAAAUCUGAGGUAAUUUCUCGGCUGCUGUGAUUUUGGCAUAACGGCUAACUAAUCGAAUUUCUGGUUAAGCAGCAAAUGAUGGAAAAAGAGGAUGAUAAGUUUUUAGUAUUGUGGCUCUAGGCUCUGCAACUAAUGAUGGAAUUGCUCGCCUUAAUGAAACGACAUUGUUGGAGCAUUUGAAUGUUAUAUGGGAGGUAAUUCUCUUCCAGGCAAAUAUGAAAGACCGAAACAGUUAUGUGCCGCCACCUUAUAUUCCAUUGGGACAAGCAGAUUUAGAGGCUGAGAUUGUUCCUCAAAAUGAAGGCCAUCUUGCUUCAAAUCAAACAAGUGAUGGACUGACACUAUGGUCAUCUGGAAUCUGUGCUUGUUGCGAUGAUAUGCAGAGCUGUUGUGUGGGUCUCUUUUGUCCUUGCUAUUUGUUUGGAAAGAAUGCAGAGUUUUUGGGCUCUGGAACUUUGAUUGGCUCAUGCAUGACCCAUUUUAUUUUGUGGGCUCUUGUCAAUACUGUAUGUUGUUGCAUGACCGAUGGCAUUUUGUUGGGAUUACCUGGAUGCUUUGUUGCAUGUUAUGCCUGUGGUUACCGCAGGGCACUGCGUGAAAAGUAUAAUUUGCCGGAAGCACCAUGUGGCGACUUCACUACACACUUUUUCUGCCACUUAUGUGCUAAUUGCCAAGAAUACAGAGAGAUUCGUGAAAGGAAUUGCAACUCUAAUUCUGCUGAUGUUAAGCUGCCAGUGGUCACAGCUCCUUCAGUUCAGAUAAUGGAGUCGAAUAAUAUUUCAGAAUAAUACUAUUGCUGCUGGAAACUUGUGGUAGGACAAACAGAUGAUUGUUGCUGUGCUUGGCUCUUUAUGUUCUUUGGCUGAUUUGUCACUUAAGCUUGAGAUGGUAUUGUUCUUCAAAUUUGUGUCACUUGAGCUGAGCUGUGUUGCUAAAGGCAUAUUAUCUUAAUAUUGUAUUAUGACAUUAAAUGAAUUGUUGUUACAUGUUUGUGAUAAUCUGCUGUGUUGAUUCCGUCAAUUUUGACACAGAUGGAAACUAUCUUUAUUUGAAGGCAGAUUGGCUGUAUAAACAGAAAAAAUAAGUGCAGUUGACAUCUCUCUCUCUCAAA